UUGCGAAUGACUGGUGUGCCGGGCCCCAGGCCACAGUGUGUAGGCUAGUGUCUGCUGCGUUCCCGGGGAGCUGCCGGGGUCACUGCCGGGAGGGAUCUUGGGGAUCACAGGACACCCGAAGAGCCGCCAUGGCUGAGGAUUCUGCAUCUUCCUCAGAACAGAAUGAUAGCAGCUAUCAAACCAAAGCCUCAAAUCUUCGAAUGUCCGAGAAGAAAUGUUCAUGGGCAUCCUACAUGACCAACUCCCCGACUCUCAUUGUUAUGAUUGGCUUGCCAGCCCGGGGCAAGACCUAUGUGUCCAAGAAGCUCACACGUUACCUCAACUGGAUUGGAGUGCCCACCAAAGUGUUUAAUCUUGGGGUAUAUCGGCGUGAAGCAGUCAAGUCCUAUAAGUCCUAUGACUUCUUCCGGCACGACAAUGAGGAGGCCAUGAAGAUUCGCAAACAGUGUGCUGUGGUGGCACUGGAAGAUGUUAAGGCGUAUCUCACCGAGGAGAGCGGGCAGAUUGCGGUGUUUGAUGCCACCAAUACAACUAGGGAGAGGAGGGACAUGAUUUUGAACUUUGCCAAGGAGAAUUCCUUCAAGGUGUUCUUUGUGGAAUCUGUCUGUGAUGAUCCUGAUGUCAUCGCUGCCAACAUCCUGGAAGUAAAGGUGUCAAGCCCUGAUUACCCUGAAAGGAACAGGGAGAAUGUGAUGGAGGACUUCCUAAAGAGAAUUGAGUGCUACAAAGUCACCUAUCAACCCCUGGACCCAGACAACUAUGACAAGGAUCUUUCUUUCAUCAAGGUGAUCAAUGUGGGCCAGCGGUUUCUAGUGAACAGAGUCCAGGACUACAUCCAGAGCAAGAUAGUCUACUACCUCAUGAAUAUCCACGUCUAUCCCCGCACCAUUUACCUUUGCCGGCACGGGGAGAGCGAGUUCAAUCUCCUGGGGAAGAUUGGGGGUGACUCUGGCCUCUCAGUGCGGGGCAAACAGUUUGCCCAAGCUCUCAGGAAGUUUCUGGAGGAACAGAAGAUAGCGGACCUCAAGGUGUGGACGAGCCAGUUGAAGAGGACUAUCCAGACUGCGGAAUCGCUGGGGGUGACCUAUGAGCAGUGGAAGAUUCUGAAUGAGAUUGAUGCUGGCGUGUGCGAGGAGAUGACCUAUGCCGAGAUUGAGAAGCAAUACCCAGAGGAGUUCGCACUUCGAGAUCAAGAGAAAUAUCUGUAUCGCUAUCCUAGCGGGGAGUCGUACCAGGACCUGGUGCAGCGGCUGGAGCCUGUCAUCAUGGAGCUGGAGCGCCAGGGCAAUGUCCUCGUCAUCUCCCACCAGGCUGUCAUGCGCUGCCUCCUGGCCUACUUCUUGGAUAAGGGCGCAGAUGAGCUACCAUACUUGAGGUGCCCUCUCCAUACCAUCUUCAGACUUACUCCUGUGGCCUACGGGUGCAAAGUGGAAACGAUUAAGGUCAACGUGGAGGCUGUGAACACUCACCGUGACAAGCCAGCUAACAACUUUCCCAAGAACCAAACCCCUGUAAGGAUGAGAAGGAACAGCUUUACACCUCUGUCCAGUUCGAAUACAAUAAGGCGUCCAAGAAAUUACAGUGUUGGGAGCCGGCCCCUCAAGCCCCUCAGCCCUCUCCGUGCCCUGGACAUGCAAGAAGGGGCCGACCAGCCGAAGACCCAAGCAAAUACCUCGCUGGCUGUGCCUAGACGCUCCUCUCCGGCCUCCCUCCCAGCGCUCUCCUGAUACGGAAGCUGAGGCCAGACCUCCUUGGGGGAUUGGGAUCUGCUGGAAAACUUGGAUGUCAGCACCACCAGGGCUUGAUCAAGAAGUGAAGUGGGGAUUGGACAUUUGGCACCCCCAAAAUGGGGCCUGGAAAAGCAUCACCACAUUUCUCCCCCUCAUGCCCAAUGGCAAUAUCAGUUACACUGAAAAACUUAACUUCUUUGUGCCUCCAAAUAUUAACAGCCUUGAACCGGUUA